ACCCAACAUUGCGUGACACUAAAUCAAGUGUGUUCUGCAGAAGCCACAAAAUGCGAAUCGUACCUACUUAAAUCAGUUAAACUCUUUCAUUUCGCAUUUGAUUAGAUAUGGUAGUUGAGCUUCUUAACCAACCAUGAUAAAUAAUAAUCUUCAUUUCAUUUCCAUUUCUCUUCUUGAUGUAUUUUAUCUAUAAAAUCCCCUUAUCAUUCUUUAUUAGCUCUUACCCAAUCUUCACACUUUCAAACCCAAUUUUCUAAUAGUAAUAUUAAUCUUAAACCUCACAACUUUUUCAAAUUUCUAAUAUGGCAAAUUCUGUGACUCUCUGCCACAUAGCUAUAGUUUUUGCCAUCAAUAUUGUCAUGGCUGGACCAUCCUAUGCACAAAUCAGCACCCCAUGUAAUGCCUCAACAUUAAGUACUCUAUUCACACCUUGUAUGAGUUUCCUUACAAAUAGUAGUGCGAAUGGUACCUCCCCAACCACUGAAUGCUGCUCUGCUCUCAAGUCACUCACAAGUGGUGGCAUGGACUGUUUGUGUCUCAUUGUUACUGCCAGCGUUCCUUUCAAAAUUCCAAUCAAUAGAACCUUGGCUAUCUCUCUUCCUCGUGCCUGCAAAAUGCCUGGUGUUCCAGUUCAAUGCAAAGCCUCAGGUUCACCACUUCCUGCUCCUGGACCAGUGGCUCUAGGACCAUCUCCUUCCCCUGUAUCAGCUCCUUCUGCUCUCUCAGGACUUACUCCAACUCCUAGUCCUCAAGCAUCUUCUGACCUCCCUUCACCAACUUCAUCUCCUCUUGCACCACAACAAUCUGGCACAAACGUUCCUCUUUUGACUCCACCAUCUCCAUCUGUUGAUUCUGGUACCCCAUCCACAUCUACAACGGGAAGUGGCCACUCUUCUCUGACUCCAUCCUCUGCCGUGACAUCUUACACUGUCUCACCUUCUGUUUUAUUGGUAUCACUAGGAUUUGUUGUUCUCAAAUACUUCUAGACUUUGUGUUUUGCAUAUCCGGUGCAAACAUACCUAUAAAUUGUUGCUAUAUAUAGUUUUUGUAGUGUGGUUAUUGCAUUUGAAUUUCUUUUAUAGAUAAUUUCAUAUACCCCACAUUUGGGGAGUAUUUGUGUAAUCAUAAAACAUUUGUGAUACAUGUGAGAGAAUAUAAUAAAGUUCUUGUUAAUUUAUUAA